AACCCCAUGUGGGUACGGAAUCCAUGUCUCUGUAAAUUUUAUUAAGAAGAUGAGUCAUGGUAUUCUGAAAUUCUAUUGGACAGUUGACGGAGGGGCGUUUCUCUUAUUACGCUCACAUACUUGGCUUCAUUGGAUUGAUUCGAGUAAUUUGCCGAAACGAAGAGCUCGUCAGGAGACGUCACAGAAAGGGCUAAGAGACAGAAAUGAAAAUGAAAUUUUGAUCUCAGUGCUCCCAUGAGCAGUUUGGUCUGAACAGAGAAUCUGAAUAUUACCGGAAUCGAAUAGCACUCCGAUAAAGUUGCCAUGGAAAGGGCAUCGUCUGCUGGUGCCUUUCCAGAGCAAUUCGCAUCAUUCAGGGCAGCUUUGGAGGCCGCCUUAUGCGAGUUUAUCCGCUCUGUGGAUGAGCGUUUCAUUGAAUUCCAGCUGGCCAAAGAGAAGGAGAUUGAAAUCUUGAAGCUGGAGUUGGACACAUGCCGGCGCAAACUGUUCCAGGUGGACGGGGGUGACCUUUCCCGAACCCCUAAAGACAGGAGAACAACAACAGCAGCAACAACAGAUCGUCUCGGAGUCCAGCAAUGUACACUGAACGGUCAAGUAACCGAAUACAACGAACAGAUGGACCGACGGGGUAUCUCCAUUCGGAGUGUUGUCCACAGUGUCCCAGAAUCAAGAAAGGCCAGCUUACGGAGUCGAAGAAACAUUCAAGGUCUGCCUGAAGCAUCAAUAGAGGAUGUGGUGCCCUCUGGUGGUCCCUUGAAGAUGGAUUGUGUGACUGAAGCAAUGGAGAUGGAUUCUUUGCGAACUACAUUUGGCACUUCUGAGUACAAUUGUCAAGAUGAUGAUGAUGAGGAAAUUGUUUGUGGGAUUCUGGAGAACAAUAUGAAACAGGUGCCGGUCAAUAUUAAGAAUGAAGAAGGGUUCAUUGCCAUUAAAGAGGAGGCUUGUGAGGCAGAACUUUCAUCUGAUGUUACAAGUAAGAAGCCCACUAUGUCACAUGCAGACAUUCUAUCAAGUUCUAACAAGAAAGCCUAUCUGGAUGCCCUACAGAGAAGUAUGCCCCCAAUGGAGCAUGUGCAUGGGUGUGCCAGUGAUAUUGUGAAUAAGAGGAGAUCAGAUAAGAUUUUUCUGAGGAGUGGAAACAUGGAAGUUCUUCAACACCCACAUACUAAUGAUCAGCUGCAUGCUUGCAGCAAAUGUUCAAAGACUUUCAGCAGGAUAAAUCACCUGCAAAAACAUGAGCAGACUCAUGCUGGAGAGAAACCGUAUCAGUGUACACAAUGUGAGAAGGCCUUCAGCGUUUCCUCAAACCUCAUUUUACACCUGCGUACCCACACGCAAGAGAAACCGUACCGCUGUAACGAGUGUGGAAAGACGUUCAGUCAAAGUGCACACUUUGCUGUCCACCAGAGGAUUCACACAGGGCACCGUCCAUACCGAUGCAGUGAAUGUGGGAAGACGUUUGCUCUUGAUUCCAUCCUUAAGAAGCACGUGAGGAUCCAUACGGGCGAUAAGCCGUACCGUUGUCUGGAAUGUGGAAAGACGUUCAAUCAAAGCACACACCUGACCUUACACUUGCGCAUUCACACCGGAGACAAGCCCUACCAGUGCCUUGAAUGUGGCAAGAUGUUCAGCCGGAAUUCAAACCUUAAGGAUCACCAGAGGGUUCACACUGGGGAAAAGCGCUAUACGUGUACAGAAUGCAAUCAAGUGUUCACAUGGCUGGGUCAGCUUAAAAAACACAUGAAUAUUCAUAACAGUGAAAAGCCAUACUGAUGAAUCGACUGUGCAGUUGGAGAGCUCUAAAACACAUUUGAGAAUUUAGAAGGGAAGUGAAAACUGCUACAUUAAGACAUUGGUAUCCACACCAGCAAAUACUUGUAUGCAGGGUAAUCAAAAAGCAAAUUAUUUUAUGUUUCAUUCCCAGUAUUGUCUUCAAAAAUUAAAUUAUAAAGUAAAGGCAAUUUAUGCAUAGAGGCAACACUCCAGUUUGGAGUGGGUUUCAACGACAAUCAUACCUACUCUACUGUUUCAUAUCUUACCUUAAGGUUAGUGAUCUUACCUACUACACUAUUAUGUAUCUUGCCUUAAGGUUAGUGAUCUUACCUACUACACUGGUACAUAUCUUACCUUAAGAUUAGGGAUCUUACCUACUACACCAUUAUUUAUGUUACCUUAAGGUUGGUAAUCAUACCUACUACAAUAUUUCAUAUCUUGUCUUAAGGUUAGUGAUAAUGCCUACUACACCAUUACAUAUAUUACCUUAAGGUUAGUGAUCAUACCUACUACACUAUUACAUAUAUUACCUUAAGGUUAGUGAUCAUACCUACUACACUGGUACAUAUCUUACCUUAAGAUUAAGGAUCUUACCUACUACACCAUUAUGUAUAUUAUCUUAAGGUUGGUAAUCACACCUAUGACCCCAUUACAUGUCUUGCUUUAAGGUUGGAGAUCAUACCUACUACACUAUUACAUAUCUUACCUUAAGGUUAGUGAUCUUAUCUACUACACUGGUACAUAUCUUACCUUAAGAUUAGGGAUCUUACCUACUAUUCCAUAAUGUAUGUUACCUUAAGGUUUGUAAUCAUACCUACUAUACCAUUACAUAUCUUGCCUUAAGGUCACUGGACAUGCCUACUACACCAUU